AUGUUGCAGGCAGUUCUGUGGGCCAAAUGGAUCGGUCUCGUUGAACAUCCUGGCUGGUACCAGGGUCUCGACCGGACGACUGCGAAUAGACAUGCUAUUCAGGAGUGGCUAGCGGACAAGGGGCAAGGUGGUUGCAAGAAGCCAUGUGGUGGCUCCAUCGGUGGAUAUCCAUUGCCACCUCUGGACAAAGGCAAGCCGUCAUUGUAUUGUUUCUCCGUGGCCAGAAAGGGACCUGAAAUGGACAUAAUGUACAUGCAGCAGCAGAUCAGAAGUGGGAUAUUUGGGUGCGAUGGCUUUUCCGUCUACAGCGACAGCCACGUAAACAUUGAUGGCUUCCAGACGAAGCUGAUUCCAUCCACUUAUGCCGGAGUAAGCCGGGACGGAUAUGCUGCCAACUCGCAGGUUUUCAUGAAAACCUGGAUGGCAAUCCUGACCGGCAGUGAGUGGUACAAGUACGACUUCAUUGCAAAGGUCGAUCCUGACUGCGUCUUUUUCCCAUCGCGGCUGCGAGGACACGUCGCCAAGUAUGUUGGCCAGAAUGUGUUCUUUCUGAACUGCGGCAAGUAUAUUCCGGUCACUAUGUACGGGGCCCUUGAAGUCUUCUCGAAGUCUUCGCUGGGUGCAUACCUAUCGCAGCACGCAAGUUGCGAGCAGCGAUUCCCCUUUGGUGCUUGGGGCGAAGACAAGUACAUGACCAACUGUCUCGAAAGCCUGGGAAGCAAACCAGUUGUCGACUUUGGAAACUUCUUGCAUGACGAGCGAUGCUGGGGCGUGGACUGUGGAAACAAGCAGACUGUGGCAUUCCAUGCGUUCAAGCAAGUCGACAAAUGGUACAACUGCUGGCUUCUUUCCGAGAACGACGGAUACUGA